AUGAAUGAGAUACACGGUGCUCACGGUGCUCUCGUACUCCCCCCAGAGGACACCGCAUUCGGCAACACCUUAUCGCAAGUUUUAGAGUUGUUGGUUCCGGCACAUCCACUUCACGGAAGACCUUCAUUUCGCAGCCAAUGGCCCUCGGACUCCGGACUCCCGGUGUCUUCGCGCAAGACCCGGCUGAUAAGCAUAAGCACAAGAGGGUGA